UUCAGGUUUAGUGAUUACAACGCGAACGCCAGUCCGAUGAGUCUAGUCCGGUCUUUCCCCAUCGGUUCUACGGCAUGCAGGCCAAGCGACUACUGUAAUUUACGUGUGGCAACGCGGUACCGGAGCUCAGGUAUCUGCGUGGUAUUCGCAUUGAUCUCUGCUCCUCCUCGGGGAAGGAGUAUAACACUGUUUUUCGAUCUCGAGAGUAUCCUUCACCAAUUAAACAUCCUUCUUACAAUUUGUGGUUCAACUGAGAAUUGCAUCAAGGAAUAGAAAGAAAGAAAGAAGAAUAAAGAAGCUAAUCUGUUCAUUUUUUUUCAAGAGUGGUAACAUUAAUAGAUUAAUAUGAAAAAGGAAUAAUACAUGAAGAGUACUGGAAUGAGAAGAAGUCAAAAGUACUCAUGAUCCUCCAAACUGGCUGAGGAAAGAAUAAUUGUCAAUAUGUUCUGUUUCAUGAGAUCUUUUAUUAACAAGUUAUCAAAGAAAUGAAUACAAUGUUGAUGUGAUGUUCUUAUCUUCCUUUCUGUUCUAAAAAUACAAAAACAUAUUUGCCAUUUAUCAUUGACAAAUUAUUAAAUGGCCUAUUAUUAAAAUUAAAGUGACAAAGAAAGACAGAAAAUGACUUCUUCGGUUAUUGACAGCACAUUCUGCACUGACAAAGAGGGCAAUAAACAGGAAAGAAAAAAUAACAAUGAGCAGCCAAUCAGAACAGAUGGUGACACCAAUGCAAAUGAGAUAGUAUCCCAAAUUCCUUUAACAGAAGGAAAAGAAGAGAGACAUAAAAGAGCUGACAAUGUGAAGGAGCUAUGCCAGAUGCAACAGAAUAUAAUGCUGCAAGGUGAACUUCUGGAUGUUCCUUUGAGUCAAGACAGGGCUUCUCAGCCAGUAGAUAUAAGAGUUAAUUUGUGCAAAAGUGCCAGUUUGGAAUUUUCAGAACAUCAUCUCCCUAAUAUAAUUGAAAGUACAGAACUCAAACACACAGAAGAAACGGUUCACCAUGAGAAAGUUUGUAGUUCACAGUGUCUUAACAAGGAAAAUUGGAAUUGUGUCACAGGUGAAUCUAGCAGAGUUCCUCACAUUCAACAGGAACGUUCUUCUAGGGGAAACAGUAGUUGUGCUACUGAAGCUGUCAAGGAACUACAGUGUUUGAAAACAGAGGCUACAGAUGAAAAUAAGAAAAUACAUUUCAAUCAUCUAUAUUUUAAGGACUCCUCAUUUUCCAGUCCUGUGGAGAAACCUAAUAAAAAAGAGACUUUGCCAGAGAACACUGCAUCUGAAGAAAGUUGUGGUGGGUGUUUAUCUCAGGACGUCGCAAUGAUUGCUGAAUUCAGCACAGAUGCCAGUGGUGCUCAUAAUUCCCAGCAUGCACCAACCAGUCUGGUCAGAGCCAUUUCUCCAUUUGAUCCAUUCAGCUUGACCUCAGCUUCGUGUAAUUCUAACUUAACUACCUCAGAAAAUACGAAGUCAGUCUCAGAGAAACAGACAAAUGUAGAAAGGCAACCUGACAUAAAAAGCACAACUCAGAGUGAAAGAAUAGAAUAUGCUGCGUGUUCAGAUGGUGAAUUGCUGGUGUCCAUCAAUAAACCUGAAGUUCAGGUAAACCUAAAUGCAUUAUCUAAUCAAUGUGAAGUAAAUACUGCAUGUGAUUGCCCCUCUGUGAGUGACUGGCAAGAAUCAGCUGAAUUUUUGCCUGAACUUCAAAAUAAGAUAAAUAUUUUUAAGGGAGUGGAGAAUUUUGAGUCUGGUGAUGCUGGUAAACAACCAGCUCCAUCUGAAACAGAAGAGAAAGCAGAGCAGAAACGUCUACUAGGCAGCACAAAAGAGCAUCAUAUCGAGAACCUCAAUUUUGAAGACCCACAAAUGGAAAAUUCUGCCGAUGGCAAUGAAAUCAGUGGGAUUGGAAGAGUAGAUGCAAAGGAGUCGUUUGAUACUGACAACAGUCAAUUAGGCCAUAAAAUAGGUCAAGUGAAAACCGUGGCUAAAAUGACAGAAAAGGAAGAGUCUGUUGAGCUGGGAAUCACCAAGUCAGACAAAACAGUGCAACACAUUUCUGAGUCAGGUUCAGUUACGGAUGAGGAAGUACCGUUGGCAUCAGAAAAUGGCCUUGUUCAGCAGAGCAAAGAAUGUUCUACCAGAAAGACACAAAGUCUGAUACAACAGAAAGUGAAUGAAAUAAACACUAAUUUAAUCCUAGCUGAGGAAAAUCAGUCGGCAACUGUUUCUGAGAAUCCUCAACAGUCUAAAAGCCCAGUAAUCUCAAUGGCUUCAAAUCCUGCUCUUGGGAAUUGCCCACAGGUUCAGCAGAUUCAGCAGAACAUGCAAGUUACUGAUUGCAACUCAGAUUCUGCUUUUGAGGAGCCCUUAUUACUACAUGAUGGGAAAUUGAAAUUGCCCGAACCUGUUUCUGUCCCUCCAUUGGGGAACUCAUUCUCCAAAGUACCAGAUACAACUGUUUAUAACAGUGGAAUCCCAAAGCCAAUACUACAGUAUCCCAGGACUGUUCUGACUGAAAAAGGAGAAGCAACAACAAAUGAUCAGACCAAGCUUGAGGGGACAACUGAAGCGAAACUCAUUCCAAAGCCCAAAUAUGUAAGACCUAGAAUUAUAACGUAUAUCCGAAAGCCAGUUCAGGUGAAACCACUUGAUACUGUGCACAAUGACAUGGGACUGUCUUCGAAACUUUCAACUUGGACUGAAUCAAUUGCUAAACCCUCUGUUUCAAAAGAAAUCAAGACAUAUCAAAGUAAGCCUCUCUCAGUGUUCAAUGUUCCUAGUUUUUCCCAUGAUAGAUAUAAACCAGAAUUACAAAAGACUAAGAUAUAUACAACUACUUUGAUGGCAUCUGGAAUCAAACCACCUGGUCAGAAGACUUUUCCCAGGAUGAUGGGGAAGUUAUUUCCUACUCCUAAUGAUAUCACAUUAAAGGAAUCUAUGGAAACAUGUGUGCAGGGGAACAUUACUGAGGGUGAAUCCCCAGCUCCUGCUCUGACUGGUUCUGAACAAGAUAUGGCUGCAGUUACUGAAGAGUGCUUGAAUCCUGUACCGAAUAUCUGUCGGUUACCCAUGACAAUCAAGCCUCCACUAGGACUGGGAGCUACCUCGAGACUUCCAGCAGCCAAAAGUAGGCUUGCAUUGCAGAGCCAGAGGACACCGAUAAAUUCCAUGGCACUUCAAAUUCAAGCGCAAACUGGCCAAGAAAUUGCAGUUUUUUCUGCGCCCUCUCUGUUAAAGGAUUUGACUCUUUAUUGUGUGGACCAGAAGAAAAACACCAUACCAAUCGUCCAAAGAUCAAGUCUGCCCAAACCUGGGCACUCUGGACUUCGUCCUCCUGGUUACUCUCGAUUGCCAGCAGCUAAGCUUAUGGCUUUUGGAUUUGUCAGAAGUUCAAGUCUGUCAUCGGUAUCAAGUAACCAGUCCAAUGACAGUGUGCAUAGUGACCACGGCAAGGCUACAAAUCGUUCCAACAGUGAAGAAAAAAUUAUCUCAAAAGCAACAACUUCCAUAACCGACGCCUUGAGUGGAAAGAGUGGUCUGCAGCCUCCAGGCAAUACAACAGCGAAUCGGUGGGAUUUGCUUUCAGGACCUAAAACCAUCAAAGCAGGCACAAUGAAGAAGGAGGUUCAAAAAGAUCGUGAUGUUCCAAAAUCAAUUAAUUCAUCACCAAAAAGAUUAGUCAUUCCUGCUAGCAAGCUUCACUCGCCAGGACUCAGCAAACUGAGGACAGCUCCAGCUGUUACAAGAAAUGGACUUUCAGCAAAAUCUGACCACCAGUCACGAGAAUGUGAGCGGCAAACCAUCCAGAGACUGAAGGAAAGAUGUAGGGAACAGACCAGACAGCUCCAGUCUCUCCAUGAACAAUUGAAACACGCUAGUCUUGGUAUCGAGGUUCUUGCGAUAACAACACAAUAUUUCCACCAUAAAAGUGAAAGUGCCCUUAUCAAAGAGAAAGAACUCUCCAUUGAGCUUGCUCAUAUCAGGGAUGAAGUAGCCCUUAAUACAACACGAUGUGAAAAGCUGCAAAAGGAGAAGGAAGAGUUGGAAAAGAGGUUUGAGAUCGAGGUACAGAGGCUCCAAAAGCAACAGCAAGCAGAGAUCCGGGACCUUGAAGAGAGGUUGAAGGCUCAUUAUGCUACAGAGAAAGAGCACCUCAUUGAGGAACAUUCAGAGUCCCUCAAGAAAAUCAAAUCUCAGCACAAGGCACAGAUGGAAGACAUGACAACUAUCCAUACCAGUACCAUUACAGAACUAGAGAACAAUCAGAGUGCUGCAAUAACUAUUCUUCAAAAUAAGCAUGAAAAGAAACUUGAAGAACUAAAAGCCAUCCAUGAAGUUGAGAGGAUGACUUUAGAAGAAGAAUUUGAAAAACUAAGACUUUCCCUUCAGGAUCAAGUUGACACGUUAACAUUUCAGAAUCGUUCACUGAAGGACAAAGCAAAACGAUUUGAAGAGGCCUUAAAAAAAAACAUAGAUGAGCAAGUUGAGAUUGCCUUGGCACCUUACCAGCACUUAGAGGAAGAUAUGAACAGUUUAAAACAUGUUCUUGAAAUGAAAAAUCAACAAAUUCACAACCAAGAAAAGAAAAUUAUGCAACUGGAAAAACUGGCUGAGAAGAAUGUGGUAUUGGAAGAAAAAGUUCAAGUACUUCAACAGCAGAAUGAAGAUCUGAAAGUCAGGAUUGAUAACAAUGCUGCCUUAACAAGACAACUCUCAGAGGAAAAUGCAACACUUCACGAAUACGUUGAGAAGGAAAGCAAGGAGAAGAAAAGACUCAGUAGAACCAAUGAGGAGCUAGUCUGGAGGCUCCAAACGGCUGAACCUGUUAGUCCAAUCAAAAUAUCCUCCUCAUCUUCAAACUUCCAGUGCCCUCAGGGCACACCCCCACCUCCAGCAGUCAGCACUAACCCGAGAUGAUGAAAAGGUAUCAGAAUGAAAAUACAUGGGCUACCUUGAUGUUAUUCAUGUUAUCUCUGGUGCUCAGCUGUAACUGCUGAAUAUCAUGCUUGGUUUUGCUCAAAGUAAAAGUCACCAUUUGUGCUUUGAGCACACUUACUGGCAUAUAACAAUAAGCAAACCAAGUUGCUUUUCAAUCUCCAGUAGGUCUUGCUGUCGAAGUCACUGUCAGUAAUGCACUUUUGAGUGCAUUGUUUCCAAAUAAAGUUGUAUGCUAUGAAGUUUGAUGUGGGGAAGCUCUUCCAAAACUCUUCCAGGUCUACUGUUUAUGCCUCUUAUUGAACAGGUAUGCAAAAGUCAGAUUUUUUUCUGAUCAAAUGGGCUUUUAAAAUAUUUGUACCUACGUCCAAAUUUAUCUUGUAGUGUUCCCUUGAGUAACAUUUUUAAAAGUUCAGGAUUUUUGCUUUUUGCUUUUAGUAUUGGACGAAUGUGCAAAAUUAUAUAUUUUUUACACAAUUGUCGAAGUAUUUUGGCUUGUUGCCUCUUUUAAAAUAUGUCCCAAACAGACUGGUUAUCUGAGUAAAUCAUCCACCAUAAAAUCACUGGAUGGAGGAGGAAAAGAAAGAAGUCAUGCAGUCUACUCUAAGUGAUGCUGCUAUCAUUGGGGUUGAUACCAGCAGCUUGAGGUGGAACGCUCUGAUCUUCAAUACUGCGGCAGCUUUUAAAGUACACUUCAAAGCUGCUGAUUUAUUUUGCAAUGUGUGCAAGAAUUCAGAGAAUCCGUUGCUGUACAGAAAAAUGUUUGUAUGUAGUAACCGAAGACCUGCUUCUGCUGUUGAUGUUUUCCUCCUCUCCAGGAACAUUGGUCAAGGAAGUGCAUGCGCAGCGAGUUGCAAGUUGCGAUUAUGUAAUUCAAUGAAAACUCUGAGGAUACUGAAAAGAAAGCUGAGUAAUUUCUAAUUAAUUAACACCUCAAAUAUUCAUCUAAUGAUCCUAACAUUCAUAAACACAUUAAUAAACAGAUUGCUAAGAGACAAUUCUCCCUCAAAGAUUACCCAAGGAUCACCAAAGCAAAACCAGCGAACCAGUCUGAAAAUUACUUCAUCUUGCGUAUCCAGCUUGCAUUACAGACCCAGUUCUAGGUCACCCUUCUGUGUGAGCUGAUGUCCUGAAAGUGCCAUAAUGUACCAAAUAAAUCAUAAAGUACUACAGCACAGUAACAGGCCCUUCAGCCCAUCUAGUCCAUGCCAAUCAGACAUUCUGCCUAUCCCUAUUUACUUGUGCCAGGACCACGUCCUCCCAAACCUCUCUUAAAUGUUAGAAUUGAACGUACAUCUACCAUUUCCACUGGCAGUUUGUUCCACACUAGCAACAGGCUCUGAGUGAAGAAGUUUCCCUUCAGAUCCCCCUUGCAUAUUUCACUUGAACCAAUGACCUCUGGUUCUAAUCUCACCCAACCUGAAGUGAAAAAGCCUGCAUGCAUUCACCCUAUUAAUACCCCUCUAUCAAAUCUCCACUACAUUCUGGGGAAUAAAAUCCUAACCUAUUCAUUUAACUCAAGUCCCAGCAACAGGCUUGUAAGUUUUCUGUGCACUUUUUCAAGGUUAUUGGUGACUUUUCUGGUAGGUGACCAGAACUGCACACAAUAAUCCAAAUUUAGUCUCCCCAAUGCUUUGGAUAACCUUAACAUAACAACUUCUGCACUCCCUGCCAUAAUUUACAAAGACCAAUGUGCUAAAAGCUCUCUUUACUACCUAUCUAUCUGUUUGCUAUUUUUAAGGAAUUAUUGAUCAGUAUUCUCGGCUAAAGAGAAAAUGACAAUACUUUAACAAAAUGGUAGCAUGUUUUUAUAAAGGUCAAGAACGAAAUCAGUAACAUUCAACACAGCAGCUGGGGCUGAAUUAAAGUGAAUCGGAUAUCGAUAUGGAUGAGAGAGAAAUGCUGAAAAGGAGCCUCAGAUAUAAAAAAUAGCAGCAUGCACUCUUUUUUUAUCAAUCCAAUGCAUUAAAAUCCUAAAAGUCAGAAUUUAGUCACAUUACACAUUUGGGAAACAGCAACAGAUGAAAAUAAAAAUAAAUACAUUUGAAAUACAAAUGAAACAGAAAAUAAAAAGAACGCUUAAUUAAAAUUGAAACUAGUUUAGAUGAUUGCUGUCCAGUCCUUGCAAAUUGGGAAAUAGUACCAAAAUAUAUUAAGAAACAUACAUUUACAUCAAGUCCCAUUUUGUGAAGCAUUUCACAGAAUUAUUAUUGAUACAAGUUUCAGUCAAAUGGAUAGCUUGAUCAUUAUUCUAGAAUACUGCACUGUUCUGCAAAUUCAAAACUGAACUUGGGCUGUGUAAGGACAGAGACAGCAGUGCUUGAGGUGAAAACUGCAAUUCAAAUGUUGUAUUUGUCAAAUAUGAAUGCUUAAUGAAAAGUUUAAAUUGGAGCCACUGCAAUUCAGUUGCAGUCAGUUAUGUAUUCAUUUCCACUUUCCUCAUUAAUUGAAUCCAUAGAACAAAUGACCAUUAGUUGUUCUUAAAUCCAGAAUAAGCCUCAAUGAGACUGUAGCAUUCUAUUAAUGCUUUUGGUGUAUUCCACCAUUUUCACCCUUACCUGAACUGACAUUGGUGAUCUUCACCAGUACAGUUACAUAGUCACAGUGCUAAGUAGAUCCUUUCAAUGGCAUGCUGACAUACUGUGUAGUUGUGGGGGAUUAUACAUGGAGACUGUGUGACAUGAGGAUGUAUAAUACAGGUAAGUCAGUUCCUGAAGCACCACCACAAACUUGCAUUCAGUGCACCCCAUUUAUGUGAUUCAUUUUGCACCUUUACUGAGACUUUGUCCCAAUCACAAUUAUCAUUAACCCUUCAAUUCUUAUGAACCCACUUCAAAGGGGGGAAAGGGGCUACAUAGACAAUUUGAGUUUAGGAUAUUGAUUCAUUAUUGGUGAACACUGCAGCCAAAAGUACAUAAAUGCUCAUUUGACGUUGGUAAAAAAAAAUGUCUUGGGUAUAAUGAUAUGGAAGAAUUAUUUUGUAUGUAAGCAUACUAUACUUGACCGAGGUGUGUGCAGUCUAUUCAGUAAAUCAUUAUGAAAAACCAGUUUAUUACAACCAUCUGCAAAUUUCCAUCUACCCAAGUCUUUUUAAUUAUAAAACAAAAUAAAUACAUCUUAGAAACCCAAUGCUGUUUUUUUUCCUCCGGAAAGAAGCAAAUGUGCACUACUGCUCUCCAUUUUAUCCUCUAACAUGUUUUACACAUGCUGUCAUGUCCUUUUGGAAAGCCCAUAAACGUUAUCUAUAACGCUUCAUUAAAAUUCUGCUAUUUCUUUGAAGAGGUCAUUCAGUAUUUUUAACAAUGCUUUGUUAACCCAUAGUUUUCCAAAUAACAGUUAGGUUUAUUAUAGAUUGUACUAUCCACAACCAUUGUUAAGACUCUCGGUUCCCUGCCUUACUUGAAGAAAUGUGUUAUAACUACAGCUUUGCGUCUAUUUGCUAUAGCCACGUUGAUUUAGCUUGAUGUUAAUAUAUUUUAUUAUUCAGCUAUCCAAGUGUUAUUACUUUGCUGAAAUGAAUUACAAACCUUUAAAACGUUUGCGUCCCAGAGCCAAAAAUGGAUAUUUCUUUUCAUCUUAAAAUGGAAAGAUUUUAACCUAAAGAACUUUUCUUUCCAUUCAGAAAUGUAGUCGAAGCAAAUGGCAGCAUUAGAGACAUUUACAUUUAAGUUUAAAAUUCUUAUUGGCUUACCUUCUGAGAAAAGAGAAACCUCCUUAAAAUACAACAUUCUUUGAAACCCAUUCACUCUGGCUGCCAGUCAUCCUGUACCUCGCCAGAAACGACUAUCUCACAAAUCCUAUUGAAGCUGUUCAUCACAACUGAGGCGUAAUCUUUUCACUUGAUAGCAGUGCCCUCACUGAGUGAAGUGCUUGUGGGAAGUCCUCUCAGUGUAGCAGGAGUUCCGAACCUGUGGUCCACAGGCUUCUUGCUUAAUGGCAUUGCUCCAUGACAUUAAAAAAGGUUGAGAACCCUACAGGUCGAUUGACAGUUUCAAAACAGUAAUUGCUUAUUUAAAAACAUUAUACAUUUAAGACUAACUCAGGUUUACUAAAGUUUACUGAUGAAGGUGGCAGUAAUAGCAAAUCUACUGUACACCUCACACUUGAACUACAUAAUGCCAUCUCUGGCUCCUCGAUCGUCCCACAUCAUGGAGACUCAAUGAGGGUCAACUAUCGAAUGGAUGUUGCCAAGUAAACAGGUAUCACCGUUGUUCUCCCCCACCACCAGCGCACUACUUCCACGCACCCCCGUCUAGCCCUCGUUACUGGCAGCUUUUUAUGUGUUUGAUCUGUAGCUUCCAUGAGGUAGAGUUCCUUCAAGGUCACGGUCUCCUGUAAUCAGCACAGCCAUGACACAGCAGCUGUGAGCACACAGGUCUGACUUUAAUAUGUCAUUCUAUGUGCAAACUGAUGGACCUCGCUUUAAACACAUUUUUGCUAAGCUGUACAAAUAUCUGUGGAGGAUCCAGUUGGAUGUUAGCACUAGGUCUGAUAGGAGUAUAGAGUCUUUAAAGCAGAUGAAAUCUGGGCAUUUCUUCCUUUAAUUCAUCACUUCCAGUCUUGUACAAAACAUCCACAAAAACUAAAAAACGUCACCGUUUUCCUGAAACAAUGGGCUUCUGCAGUGUGGAAGGCAGAUGGUCGAGAUGUUCAAUUUCUUUGAUGAAGUGAGGGACCCAUCAUAGAUUACUCCAGCGUCACAUGCAGAGGCCAGUUCAGCUGUAGGGUUACAAGUCAGCAUGUGGGAAGCUGAGAAGGGUUACCAGUGAGAGAAAAUGCUUUAAGUCGGAGCUCUCUGUACUCAUCAUCCCUCCUGCACUGCCUUACGUGCAGGCUAGCAGCCAAGGAAGGACAUUCAUAUCAGAUACCAGGCAUCCUAUUCCACACUGCAUUCAGAGCACAGAGAACGAUCUCCAUACUCUCGCGUCAUCCCCACCACUGAUGCCUCAUGUAGGUGGCCACUCUUACCAGAGCUAACAUUAACAUUGUAAACACUCUACUACUCAAACUCUGGACUGAAUUCUCCUGUCUCUGUACGUACAUUGCUGCUGGGGUACUUGGCCGUACAUCACAUCUUGCAGUAGCUCCACAGAUACCCUGUUUGUCAAUAGCCUUGUGGUGCAGGACCCUUAUGCCCUUCUACAUGAACAUCAUUUAUGUUCUGUUCCACCAAACGGGUCACCUCGGAUUUCUACCUCACCACUGUAUGCGGAGGAUCCUCUUCUGCAUGGAGGAGACUCAAGUGAGAAUAAUGACACGUUGAAACAUGGGCGAUGGGAAACAACUGCUAGCAGUGCUAAUGAGGGAAGGGAAUAGCAGUGCAGCAACUUGACAAUGAAUGUUUGAGGUAACUGGAUUUCUGGAAACAUGAGGAAAUGCAGAGACUGGCCAGGAGGGAUGAUAUUUUGGAGUAGACUUAAGACUGCAGAUUCACAGAUGGGACUAAUAUAGUGAUCAGAAUGGGUGAACCUUCCUGCAGUCAAGGUAGGAACAAAGGACUACCCUUGCCCAUUUCAACAGCAACUUCCAGCCAUGUUUUCCUUCUGUUGGUAUUCCUUUAGGACCACACAGCUCUCAACAUUAGCAUACCAAUGCUAUCCACAUUUAGAACCUAUUAAACAACGGAGGCUAGGUAGUGCACAGUGCCAUCAGAUGAUUGACAGGAGAGGCCCAUGUUAAAACUUGGCCCUAGAAGUGGUGACUCUGACCAAAUUUAAUCCCUUCUCAAAUCAUGAAUUGCUAAAACCAAGUAGAGGGCUACAGCAAAAGUUCAAGGCACGAUCCAUUAUUUCAAUCCAGCCUGGUGCUUUAAGUCAUUUGUGGACAUGAGGCUCUCCAACACUGGAAAUGUUGUCAGCUAUCAAGGCACCAGAGACCAGAAAAGUGCUUUAAUUACAAACUGUUUCUGUUCUGUGACAGGGUUUAUCGAUGCAGCAACUUGGAAUCAGCAGUGAAUUGUUUAUUUGUUAACCACUGGGAACUAGGUAAUCAUAUGCAAGUUAAACUGAUAUUUCUCAGCAAUUUCAAUACAGAGUCCUUUCUAUUUUACAGGAGUGUAAAUCUAAUGACUAUCCAAAAAAUGUGUAAUGUAACAAAAAAAAUGAGUUAUUUAUAAAAUCUACACUGGGUCUGUGUCCCAUGGACACACAAAACACGAGUUUGAUAUGUAGAAUAAUUAGUGUCAUUUAGUUCUAGUGUUUAACUAUCUGUGAAUAAUUUGUAUUUAUUUCUGACAGAUUGUAUGAGAAUCGAGAGUGAUACAGCACUGUAAUGUGUAUGUAUACAUGUUCCUACACAAUAAAAGAUGA